GAUAAUAAUAAAAAUCAUCAUAAUCAUCGUAAUUAUCAUUAUUAUCAUCAUCAUCAACAAUAUUCGUAUUCAUAUAACGUCCAUUCAUAUGCACCAACAUCAUCGUUAUCAUUAUAUAACAGCAAUAAUAAUAAUAAUAAUAAUCAUCGAUCAAAAACAUUAUAUAUAGCGGGUUUUUUUCCAACAUCUCGUGAUAUACCACAAGGUGCAAUUGGUCGUGGUGUAUUACCGGCCGUACGUUUAGCAUUACAACAUGUGAAUGAAAGCCCAUUAUUUACUAAAUAUCGUUUAGAUCUUGUUUGGAAUAAUACAAAGUGUGAUGCAGCUUAUGGUAUGAAAGCAUUUUUUCGAAUGCUUGAUGAAGAUCCAGUUAAAAUAUUGUUAUUUGGUGGUGCAUGUCCAUCUGUAACCGAUCCAAUUGCCAAGACAUCAAAAUUUUUUCAUCUAAUCCAGUUGUCAUAUGCUGAUACAUUUACUGCCACAACUGCCAAUUUUUUUCGUAUCGUUCCUAGUGAAGGAUCAUUUAACCCUGCACGUGUCAAGUUGUUGAAAUUUUUCAAUUGGACAAAAGUUGGAACCAUUUAUCAAAAUUUGCCUCGUUAUAGUCUGUGUGUCAUUUCCAUUUAA